GGUCUAGUGUGCAAUUAUGAUUUCUUAUUCCAUUCAAAUGCUGCUGAGAUAUACCGUACGCCAUUCGCUCCUUGUUUACCCCCCAGCUCCAUCAAUGAACGACUUUCCUUGCCAAUGCUCAGACCCAGCCGAGUUCUUCUCCAUUUGUACUUUCUCCUAGCACAGCAGCGCAUUACGUAUUUCCUUCCACUUCCGCCGUUCCCCCCUAUCUCCUUUUCCUCGCUUCCCCUCCUCCUUUCAAUCUCCCCAGCUUUCCUCGCCCUUUCCCUCUUCCACAAACCCCUCUUGUCUUGGCGCCACUCCCCCGUCGCAUAGCCAAAUAUCCACAGUCAAACCGGGUAUCAUAGAAACUCCCAACAUAUGCACUAUACGUAUAUAAACCAAGAAGAAAUCGGUC